ACUAUCCAACGGCGGUGUCAGCUCAUCCAAAAUAUCCAAUCGGCACUCACUUGAUUCCUUUUCGAUGAAAAGAAUGUGCCCCCACUCCCCCCUCUCCGCCACCGUUCACCACCACCACAAACCACCACAAUCACAACCACUAGUUUAACACCACUGUCAUCCACCUGAAACAAUUCUCCUUCUCUCUCUCACACACACACACUACUCUCUAGUCUCUCUCUCUACGCGCUAUGUCGAUUCUCUCGUCUUCUUCUCCUACUCUCUUCUUCUCCACCGCAAACCCUAGGGUUUCUGUUUCUCUUUCACCUCCUUCUACAGUUUCUACAUCUUCAUCCGUGCGCAGUCGCUCGAUUUUCCGGCAUUUUCCGUACCUAGCGUUUUCUAGGGCAGCGAAUGCCGCCGCGGAGACGUUUGAAGGCAAGAAGUGGUCGUCGUCCUCUGCUACACAACCGAUCUCCGGAUCCGAGCUCGGUUACUCGCAUACAUUCAUCGAUGCUCUGUCUGAACAAGAUCUUCUUUCUGUAAUUCAAAGAGAGGCAGAAGCUGGAACACUACCAAAACAUAUCGCUCACUCAAUGGAGGAACUCUAUCAGAACUACAAAAAUGCGGUUUUCCAAAGUGGUAAUCCCCGUGCAGAAGAUAUUGUAUUGUCAAACAUGCGUGUAGCAUUUGAUCGAAUGUUCUUGGAUGUGAAGGAGCCUUUCGAAUUUUCACCGUAUCAUGAAGCUAUUCGAGAGCCUUUUAAUUACUAUAUGUUUGGUCAAAAUUAUAUUCGUCCUCUGAUCAAUUUCAGGGAAUCAUAUGUUGGCAACGUCUCUCUUUUCAGUGAAAUGGAAGAACAGCUGAAGCAGGGUGAAAAUGUAAUUUUGAUCUCAAACCACCAAUCCGAAGCAGAUCCAGCUGUCAUUGCCUUGUUGCUUGAAACAACAAAUCCUUAUAUUUCCGAGAACAUAAUCUAUGUGGCAGGGGACAGAGUUAUAACGGAUCCUCUUUGUAAGCCUUUCAGCAUGGGAAGGAACUUGCUGUGCGUAUAUUCAAAAAAACAUAUGAACGAUGUUCCUGAGCUUGCUGAUAUGAAAAGGAGAGCAAAUACAAGAAGUUUAAAAGAGAUGGCUUUGCUUUUGAGGGGUGGAUCAAAAAUAAUCUGGAUUGCACCAAGUGGUGGAAGGGACAGGCCUGAUCCCGUCACAAAUCAAUGGUUUCCAGCACCAUUCGAUGCCAGUUCUCUGGACAACAUGAGAAGGCUUGUGGACCAUGCUGGUGUGGUGGGUCAUAUAUAUCCUUUAGCCAUACUAUGCCAUGACAUCAUGCCCCCUCCUCCUCAGGUUGAGAAAGAAAUUGGAGAGAAAAGGUUGAUAUCUUUUCAUGGCACUGGAAUAUCAGUUGCACCUGAAGUUGAUUUCCAAAAGGCCACUGCUUCUUGUGGAUCCCCUGAGGAGGCCAAGGCAGUUUAUUCACAGGCACUUUAUGAUUCAGUGUGCGAGCAAUACAACGUGCUACAAUCCGCCAUAAAUGGAGCAAAAGGCUUAGAAGCAUCAACAUCAAGUGUCUCAUUGUCGCAACCUGUUGACUAGUAUAUGUAUGCCCCAAGUUAGUCUUCAGCAGCAGGUGAGAAUAUUAUUUUUACAUGAGCCUAGGUGUAUAGAUACCAAAGCAUAGAAGAUCUGCAAGCAAAUUCCAUCAGCAAGAGAAAUUUGUUGUUUUUAAGUUUUUUUUUUUUAAAGAAGAAUAUAUACACAUAUAACGUGUAAUGAAAUGGUUUAGGGAUGGGCAAUGUAGAGUUUGUAUGGUUAUGUUAGCUUGUAAAGGACCAUCAAGCUGUAGACAGGUCUUCAACACAAACAUCAUGUUGGACCUUUUUUACUAUAUCAUAACUUCCAUUCCUGCCCUGCUUUCU